AUGGGAAGUGAACAAAACACUUCAAGGUACCGGGAAGACAUCGACUUUUACCAGGCGGUGGAACGGUAUUCUAACCGUGACACGCACAAGGACACAUUGUAUCUUUGCGACAUACCAGUGGUGAAGAGAAACAAUAUACACGAUAUGAGAUCGAUUGAAACUGCCUCUACCGAGGCAUAUGUAUCGCAACUUGUAGUCAGAAGUGACGCAAUGGGAUCUGUGGAUCCAGACAGACUUAUGACAGUCUCGCUGCCAUAUGACCGAGAUUGCGAUACUGACUAUGAGAAUUCAGGAAGUGAAGAUGCGUUGGGUAAGCAAGAGGUACAACAGGGCCAAGGUAACGACGAGGAUAAAAAUUUUACCAAAGGAGGUUACAAACUUUUCUCUAUGAACUUCGAGUUGGCCAUCUAUAUGGUGAUAUUCGUGAUCACAAACUCAGCACAACCGCUACUGAUUUGUCUUUUGAGACAAAAAGGAGGGGCACCAAAUGGAACCUACACCUUCCUCAUACCUACCUACUUAGCCAUGAUAUGUGUUGGAUCAUAUCCUACCAAGAAGAGCGUAUGGUAA